GACCAAAUGUCUUUUUAGGUUUUAAAAGACAGACGAUACUACUUAAUCAAAAACACAUUGCUGUUUACUUCGUUAUGUCUUAUUCAUACUUUGAGGCGGAAGGAUUUCAAAGGCGCGGUGAGGCCAAAGCUUCCGCCCAGUUUUCCGAUGCGCGUCGGCCGAGUUGAAAAUGGACUUCGUACAGAGAAAGCAGAGCCCCUGAACUUCCACAACACUUUUCUUUCAUGCAAUUGUAUUCUUUCGCAUGUCAUUUUUGAACUAGUCCGUUUCAAGUACAUGUAUUCAUCUUUGUGUGGGAUCUUUUGGGUCUGUCCAUGUUGUAUUGAGCUGCACACUGAGGCUUCUCUUUUCCAGCGUUGGCUGAAAGUUGCUCUGAGGGAGCAGCUCGCUCGCUAGCAGCCCGGUCACUAAAUUACAACCAAAUAGGGGGAUUUUUUGUGCACGUAUUUGGUUUAGACACUCGUGGAAUUUGUGUCUGAUCUCAAAAGACGACGUUAAGGAUGAUCACUCGGCUGCAGAUGGAUUUUAUUCACUGGGAAGCUACGAAUCAGCGGCUACGGCUCCAGUCCUUAUUCUAAAUCGGCUUGUUGGAGCUGCGGAGCUCAGCGAUGCACCGCCGUCACUUCGGAACUGUCGCUGUUUUGUGAAUAACUGCAUUUCGAUGCGAACCAAAAUGGUGAUUUUUGCGAUUUAUUUCCCCGCCUUGACCGCGUCGUCGAUGCUAUUUGCAGGAUUUGGAUCCCCGUGAGGAAAAAAAUGAGCGAAGAACCGGCAAAUCCAAAUAACGAUGACAGUUAUGCGCGUGUGAGAGCAGUGGUCAUGACUCGCGAUGACUCCAGUGGCGGAUGGCUGCCUCUGGGAGGCGGAGGCCUCAGCUGCGUGUCGGUCCACAAAGUUAGCCGGCCGGACUCGGACUGCCCCAACGGCGUGGAUUAUCUCAUCCAGGGGGAGAGACUCAAAGACAAGUUGGUUGUGCUGGAGUGCAUCAUAAAGAGGGACCUGGUGUACAAUAAAGUCAACCCUAUCUUCCAUCAUUGGAGAAUUGACAACAAGAAGUUUGGCCUGACUUUCCAGAGUCCAGCUGAUGCCAGAGCUUUCGACCGGGGGAUACGGCGAGCUCUAGAGGACAUAAAGCAAGGCUGUCCGGUGUACAGUGACUCAGAGGUUCCUGAAGAUGGAUUACAGGUUAAUCCGGAGCCUCCUUCUAUCUGCACACCUAUUAGAGAGCCGUUCUCUCCGCAUGGCCGAGUGGUGUCCACCGAACCUUUCCGGGGCUGUUAUGUUCGUGCUCAGCCAUUCGAGGAGUUCCCCAGCCCAAGCCACCGCUAUCUGCCCCCGCAGGUCUCUUUCUCCACAACACGCCACGUGAGCUUUCACAUGGACGACGAAGAGGUCGUUCGGAUCAACCCGCGCAAGGAUGUGCGCAUCCGCGGGUAUGAGGACUACAGGCACCCAGUCAUGUGGAAGCCGGACACAGAGCGUGACGACGCCGAAUUCUCCAGUACAUUCACUAAACUGGACAGCAAGAAAAGUGAGUACUCUUUUCUGGAUGGCUCUGAGCAUCGCACAGGCACCAAGGACUCGAUAAAAACUCAGCAGCCUUCGCCUCUGCUAAAGUCCAAGAAGUCUCGGAGGCGGCGAGAGGACGGUGAGCGCUCGCGCUGCAUAUAUUGCCGUGAGAUGUUUAACCACGAGGAGAACCGGCGCGGGGAAUGCCAGGAUGCGCCUGACCCCAUCAAGCAGUGCAUCUACAAGGUGAGCUGCAUGCUGUGUGCAGAGAGCAUGCUCUACCACUGCAUGUCCGACUCGGAGGGAGACUUCUCGGACCCAUGCUCGUGCGAUUCCAGCGAAGAGCAGUUCUGUGUGCGCUGGCUGGCCUUGCUCGGCCUCUCCAUAAUAGCACCCUGCAUGUGCUGCUAUCCACCACUGCGGGCCUGUCACCAUUGCGGAGAGGCCUGCCACUGCUGCGGUGGCAAACACAAGGCCGCCGGCUGAGCCGAGCAGACGGGGAGAAACACACGGCCACAUGAAGAAACAACCGCCGCUGUCGCUUUUCUUUUUUCAUUCACCCCUUGAGGCAGGUGAGGUGCUCCACCCGCCACUUUGGAGGCUUUGGAGAUUUGAUUUGGCCGAGAGCAGCAGAAGCCAAUGACCGGGUCUUCUUGGGCUCUCGAGCUCACGUCACAGAGCUCAUUACGGAAGGGAAGGCGUUUACAGAACAAACUCGAAAUUACAAAACGAGCCAAAAUAUAUAAAAAAGAGACAAAAAAAAUGCAAAUGUCAGACUAUCAUUACAAAUAGCGUGCAACCUUUGUGAAGGAAUGUUGUCUUUUGUACAGAGAUCAAAACUAUAACAAAGAAAACAAAACUGGUUGUGCAUACAGAGGAUCUGCUGUAUCGGUAUGCUAAAAGGGAUAUUUUCUUGCUUUUUGUGAAUUUGCAGUAGGGUUAAAGUGGCCUUCUCUUUCGACUGGAGCAUUCGCUGACUGUGUAAUUAUUAGACAAAAGAAAACAGGCACUAGUUAAUUGUUCUCCCAUGAAAGGUAACCCUCAUGAAUAAUGGUACAUACACUAAAAAACACUUUUGACAAGUUUUACCAGUACAAAUUUUAAUUUCUGUAAUGGGUGUGUUUUUCCUGCUUUUUCUUUUCAUUGUUUUGCAAAAGACAUUAAUGUCAUUUCUUUCAAAAUGAUAGUAUGUAAACGCUCAUGUUUAAAAUCCAUCCGUUUCUAAUUGGCAAGACUAUUCGGACCACACAGGUACAUUCAAGCAUUGAGUGAUUGAUGACAUAUUACAAUCGUCCACGUUUAUACCUGUUACCAGGGGAAUAUGGCAGCCAAAUGGUUAAGGCGUUGGACUACUGAUCGGAAGGUCAUGCGUUCGAGUCCCAGGUCCACCAAGCUGCCACUGCUGGGCCCCUGAGCAAGGCCCUUAACCCUCAGUUGCUCAGUUGUAUAAAUUGAAAUUAAAAAAUGGAAGUCACUCUGGAUAAGGAUGUCUGUUAAAAUGACAGAAAUGCAAAUUAAUUUCCAUGUCCAGAUCAGCAAGAAGUCGAGAGACCAAUUAGUCGGGAAGUUUAGGAAGUGUACAUUUCAAUUUCAUCUCAUGUUGAUCUGAGUGAAACUGGGUUCAUUUCAGCUUUUGACUUUUUGUUUUCAAGCUGAAAUUGUGCUCAACCAGCAAGUUUUCCUUACAUGACUUGACACAUUUCGACAUUUUUAAUGAUCACCGUUAUAAGGGUUUCCAAUUUCUAUUAUCAAACAAGGCACUUGAAUCCAGGGAUAUCCCAUUUAAAAUAAAUACAAGUUUCUCCAUUCAAAUGCCCCUUAUAAAAGCACUCGCCUCCAAGCUUUGGUUACAGCUUCAUGUCUAUGUUUUCAAUUCCAUCCAGUAUGUAGUCUCCGUCAUAGUUUUGAGAGUUUGUGCUUUACGUUUUACAAAAAAACACAAAACUGAUUUGAUUUACUGAUCAUUUAAGACUUGCUGUAAGAUGCAAGAUUUCUCUCAACACUGUAAAUCACUUCCUGCAGAUUCACAAGAAAAUGCCAAGCAAGUCAUUAUUAGACACUGCAGUUUCGACAGUUAUCAGUCAAAUGAAGGGUCUUUUUUUUUUUUUUUCCUGUUAGCAGGAAAGUUGCGCCCAAAGUCCAGUACGAGGCUUUUCACACUCCGGUUCUCUGAGCUCCCUUUGCAUUUUACAUCAACACACUUUAUUUUCUAUGCAAAACUUUCCACGAGAAACACUUAGAUCGCUUCAUAAAAGUCGGUGAUGUGACACUUUAAUAUUGUAGAUGGUACCAAACUCAAAAAAAAACUUAUGUAAAUAUGUAACACUAUAUUUAAGCAACAAUAAUAAUCCCAUUCAAAUUUUUAAAGAGAGAGUUGUAUUUAUCACUGCUGUCGUAUAUACUAUAGCUUGAGUUGACAGCAUUAUGUACAUAGGUCACCUUUUAGUAUUAUUUCACAUUGAAAGUAGAGGGCGUACAUGAUGAAAACGAUCAAGCUUUUACUAGAGAUUGGCUCUAGUUUGGUAUUGCAGAAAGAGGGCUAGAGAAGGUACAGUAGUGGCAGUCCACUUCUCCAAGGUUUCGUCAUAUGAAGCUGCUAGAAACAAUCACUAAUUAUGUGCUGAGAGGAAUAAAAUUCAGCUAUGGAUGACUGUUAAAACUAAAACUUUGGAUUUGUUAAUCACAAAUGUUUUCUUGUGGUUGUCUCACCCGAUUUUAUGUUUCCAUACUGUAUGGAUACAGUACAUACUCGUACUGUAUUGGAUUUCGUUUUUUUUUGUUUGUUUGUUUGGGUUUUUGUCGCAAGCUGAACCAAGGUUUGAUGAACCUUAACAAAACUUGCUGGCUGAGAAGACAUGUAGAAUAGGCCACAUCCAUACAAUAAUAUUAUAGGCAGAUACUUUAAUGCCUAGUUUCAUUCUGCAUUAAGCAGGACGGUGAAGCCACAUGUAAUGUGCUGUAUUUAAUAUGCAACCUGUCUGCUUUCUUUGCUUCCUUUGAACUUUGCCGUUAACUUAGCAUUUAUCCGUCUUCAGUUUUUAACCACUUGCUGCUAGUCUUUUAUUUUUGAACUCUUGGACUUUGUGUAUAACUCGGGAAUGCAUAAAAGAUGAACAUUCUUUACUGCUUAGAGAAAUGCUUAUGUAAAUCUGUCAUUUCUGUGUGAUGUAAAAAAAAACAAAACAACAACAGCUAUGUUCACAGCAGUUUAGUGGUUUCUUUGGAAUUCUUCGAUGCUUUGGCACACUGACAUGUAGCUAGGCUUCCCCCCUCCCCCUUUUCAUAGCGCUUGAUGAUGUAAAGUUAACGUGAUUAGUUUGCAGUUGUGAAGACAUUUGUGUUAUGGUAAUUGCCGUAUAAAUGGUACUCUGAUGAUUCCACUAUGAACACUGCCUGGUUCUUUAUCUGCAUCUCUGAGUUUUAGUGCCAUCUGCUUCACCCACUGACAACCUCGAAAAAGUGCCUCACGUCCAUCAGAAUUUCCAUCCUAAACUUAACCGCUCUUGCUAUGGUUGUAUUGAUUUAUACAUGUCUAGGUAUUUGUAUCAUGGUUUGAAAAAUACCAAGUAUAUGAUGUAAUAUUUAUAGUUCAGUAACUCAUGUCAUAGUUGUAUUUUCUUUAUACAGAUGUAGCUUGUUACGUUUCAUAAAUAUAUAAUGUAAAUAUGCAUACAAAUGUUUGUAACUGUUUUUAUGUUACAUCAUACACUUGUAAUUUGACAUAUAAAAUAACAUUACCAUAAUAAAAGGUGAGUUUUAAUGUA